AUGUCGACGACCCCUAAACCGCGUGGCCGCCAGUCACCGCGAAAGUCCGACAUCUCCGAAUCCUUCACUCCUGUAGGAGAUACCACACUUACGGGGCUUCAGCGUCUUCCCAUCCAUACCAGAUACCCCCUCACCCCCGGCCGGUUAGCAGCAUCAGGAACGCCGUCGCGACGAACGCCACGCAACAGAGCUGCUGCUGCACCAUCAACGCCAUAUGGAUUACGGGCGAUGCAGCGCCGAGCGGCAAAUACGCCCGCGCGUGAUCGUAGGAAAAGUGGACGGAUGCAGAGGGAAACGACAUUUGAUAUCCUACGGAAUCUCGGUAGAGCUCUUGCGCCUGUGUCCCAGCCUAUUCGUUCAUCGCCGCAAGAAAAACCAGAGCCAGAGCCGGAACCGGAGAAGGAUGAGAUCGAAGAGCUCGACAACGAACCGGAGAUUGAACGCCCCCGAUUGUCCUUGCCGUUAGAGGAAGAAGAGGAGCAGGAGGAGGCGAGUCCCGAGCCACGUCCACCCAGGCUCUCCUUGGCCUUUGAAGAAGAGGAUAUCACGGUCGAAUACCCCCGACGGGCUACGAGCGAACACGACAGAGCAAGAUUAUCUAUGAUGAGUUUCGGUAACCCUCGGCUGAGUGAGAACUUUGGUGAUGCGACCCGGUUGGAAAGCGACUCGGAGGAUGGUGACGACACAGGUAUCGAGCAUGAUGAAGACCGAGUGAAUGAGGACGAAACUGUCAUGAGUCAAGGUGCUUUUGAUAGAGGAGGAGAGACGGAAGACCUCGGGAGAUUCAAUUUUGACUUCAACUUCCCAUCCCCGCCUCCACCUCCGGCUGAUGACAUGGACGGACCCCUCAAUGAUGAUGAAGGGUUCGAGCUUCCGCCCGUUGAUCUGCCCCAGGACACAGCCCCGGUGUCUGACGACAGUGAUGAUGAUGCUGCUGCCGCCAGAGCCGGUGAAUUCGGCCUGGAUCUCCACAUGCCAUCUCGCGUCUCUCUAAGCGAAAGCCCUGGUAUCGUCGGAGGAGGAUUGCGUGACGAAGACACUGUUAUAGUGAAGGGAAAGCAAAAGAAGCUCUCCCGAUACGGCAUCCCUGUUCCCAACAUGCCGUCAGGGGUGAUUCGAAAGUUGGCUACGCGAUUUGCGCCAGCGAGGGCUGGUUCUAAAGCUAAGAUCAGCAAGUCCACCUUAGCUGCUAUUGAACAAGCGUCAUCAUGGUAUUUUGAGCAGGUCGCCGAAGAUCUAGCGGCAUAUUCCAAACAUGCGGGGCGGAAGACUAUUGAUGAGAGUGAUGUUAUUACUUUGAUGAGACGGUGA